AUGGCCGUCCUCCGCCAGCCAAACUUCCAAGUACCCGCCACCCCACAGCGGGUGGUAUACAGAAUCCCAGAUGCUCUAUGCCCCGGCUACACCACCCGCAACGGCCACUGGAAACUCACGCACCAGACCGGCGAAGGCAGCUUCGGCGCCUGCUUCAAAGCCGAACACACCACCAGACCCGGCGCCGUCGCCGCAUUCAAGGUUUGCAAACUCACCGGCGAUGCCAUAAAGGAUCGAUUCCUCGAAAGUAGCUUCAGCGACGAGUUCGACGUCAUGGUGCGGAUACAGAAGCUGGAUGCUUAUACACCCAAGGUCUAUGGAAUCUCCCGCGAGGCAGGACACCCGUGCAUCAUCAUGGAGUACUUUGAGCACAACAUGCGCACCAUCAAGGGCCACCGCCUCUUUGGCCACGACGCAAUGCGCGAGUACGCCCACGACAUUGCACAGUCGCUCUACGGCCUGCACUCGCAGGGUGGCACGCUGCACAAAGACGUCAAACCCGACAACAUCCUCGUCCGCGAACCUCACAGCGACCCCAGCCAGCGCCCCGAGCCCUGGGCGCCCAUCGCCUUCCUCACCGACUACGGCACCGCCUCCUGGGACGCGCGAGCCAAAGAGCGCGUCGACCCAGAGUUGGGGUGUGACGGCACGGCGGUCUACACGAGCCCCGAAUGCUGGAAGAUGGGUGAGUGCCAGCGCGGCCCGGCCGAUAUGUGGGCCAUGGGUAUGGCGCUGUUGUCCAGGUGGCUGGGCUAUCAUCCGUUGGAUAAGUUUGUCGGCGGGGAUGGGAGCUCGAGGGGGGCCAGGAGGUGCUUGUUGCGGUUGAAGGAGGGGUGGGUGGUGGAGGCGGGGUUGCUGGAGGGGAUGGAUGAUGAUAUGGCCUCCUUCCUCACCUCCCUCCUCACCAUCAACCACCGCCGCCGCCUCACCGCGCACCAAGCCCUCCUCCACCCAUUCCUCGCCACCACCCGCCUCACCCGCCAAAAGUACAGCCUUCUCAAACACAACCGCCUCCUCCACCCUCACCCACCCCUACCCACCGCCUCUCCCACCCCCAGUAUAGACUCGGCCAGAAGCAUGGACUCCGUCGCUUCCCCCACCCCACACUCGCCAGCCGCACCACUCAGCGCCUUCAACACGCCGACUAAUCUGGCGAGAUGCCUCGUGGAUGCGAGCUUCAAGGUGGACGGCGGGCACUUCCCCGCGUGUGCGCAGGUUGGGAACUGGAUGUCGGGAGGCGCGACGAGAGGCACUGAGCCCGGUCACAAUGAGGUGUCGGGACGUGCAAGGAGAGGCAGUGAGCGCGGUCACGGGGAGGUGUUGGCUGGCGGUACGCCGCCGCGGGAUAAUCAGCAUGCGCCGUGGCGUGUGGACCCGCCGAAUGGUGCCGUUCUAGUCAAUGAUGCGCGGCCGAUUCGGGCUUCUCUCUCUCGAGCGCCAGUGAGAGCUUCUCCACCUCACGCAGCGAUUGUAGCUUCUCCACCAGCACCAGCGAGAGCCUCUCCCCGAUCACCACUCCGCCCCAUUAAGAGCAAUGCUACCGGUAUCAGGAAGAAGGUGAAGACGCAAGCAGCCCCAAAGCUACACGGUACCAGAGCCUUCACCAGAGCACAGGAACUCGUUCUGGUUGUGGCUGCAGAGGCUGCGAAGCCAGUUGUUCGCCGCUCCGCAAGGGUUGCGGGGAAGGGGGAUGCGGAGGGGAGGCGUGCUUAG